CAAAAUAAAAUACAAAAACAUACCGUGUGCGCUUUCUGCUCAGAAAAUUAGGAGCUGCCAUAAUUCUUGACCACACAGCUUCUCUUCUGUGCCAAAGUCUUCUGCAUGUGGCCUCUGCUGUUAGCUUCUACCAGAACAAGAUGCCACUCCCUUAUUAGCAAUUAAGCAUGUGAGUAGGCAUGCUGCCUAUUCAGUACAAUAUUAGGCCAGUAGGUGUUGCCACUUCUUCCAAGAGUACCCAGAUGCAGCGCCAAGAUGGCGGACCCAAAGAUAAAAAAACACAUUUACAAAACGCAAUAAGUUUCCGCAUUACCUCCGAUUGGCGGACCCAAAACAUGAACUUUGAACUUCUGCUUUGCGAUGCCAGAACAGUAGGUGGCGGUAUGUACCUACACUUUCUGACGGCAAAAUUUACAGAAAAAGAAGAACUCAAUCGACAUCGUUACAGGAGCACACACCUUACAAUGCGCAUUUGUACAGCGAAACAACGGUAAGGAAAAUAUUAUUUUAUAUUAUUUUAAUCAGGGCUUCCCCAGCCAGGACUUUGGCUCAGACUGUGGAAUCUUCAUGUUGAUGGUAGGUCAUAACGAGCUGUAAUGCACAAAUAUUGUAUCUAGAAUAACUUUCCAACAUGGACUUUUUUAAAGUUAUCUCACAAGUUGUCUCAUAAUUUUUUUUUUUUUAAGUCUGCCAUGUACAUCGUUCUGGAGUCACAGUUUGACUACUCAGUUGUAAGUACUUUUCAACACGCAGUGUCAUCCUCAAGGUUGUAUUUUGUAUUGUGCACUAAAAUGAAAUACAAACAACAAUUUCAGCAUGACAUGCCUGUUUUGCGGCGAUGGUGGUGCCUGUUGCUCCUGGAGAACAAUUCUUUGAACAGGUAGACAGUUUAAGUAAACUAGAUGCCCUAAUUAACUGGAAGACAAUCAAUAUAUUGUACUUAAAGAUAUAUUGUCAUUACAGUUGUGGGAAAAUCUUCGCCCACUGGACCGAAGAAUGUAAACAGCUCAUUGCUGGAAAGCAUACUCCGGUCUUCAGACUAAAGAGGAAGGCCGAGCAGCAGGACAUAGAGGUUAGAAAAUUGCCUUCUAAAAACAGUAUUAUCUCAGUGGGAGUACUUCAAAAUGCACACAGUUGUAUGGAUCAACAUUGUCUCGAUGUAUUAGGUAAUUGAUGUUACUUUUCAAAUUGACUUGUCAAGGAAACCAUGACGCAGAGGGCAUCGGAUGUCCGAAGAAUGUGCAUGGCAGAGUCGAUGCAAUUCUGUGUCUACCAGACAUCCGACAACACAGGAGAGAGGUGUGUUGCAGACUCAAUUUAAUAAAUGCAAUUAUCGGGGCCUAUUCAGUGAUUUUCCAUGAAGUGACCACUUUUACAUAUAGUUUAAAUGCACGAAUCAUGCAGGAAAAUUAUUUAUACAUUCAAAUGUGCUGUAGAGGUAUAAUCAAUUGGACAGCGUGUUUGUUUGAUAUUAUGUUUGUCUCUCAUUUGAUCAGAUUGCUUUACCCUGAGGUAAAAUUGAUCAAAUGGGUCCAGUGCAAGACGUGCAGGGGCUGGCUGCAUCAGGAUUGUGCUGGGAUGGAAAUGGAGCCAUUUGACUGCGGGUGCGAGGACUCCAUUGAGCAUCCUCGGUAUAACAUAAUUUAUCAAGGAAACAUAGUAUCAGUCAAAAAUACGAGGCUCAAAGGAUGAAAAAAUGAGGGCUUGCUCUUUUUCUUAUUUCUCUGCAGGAUCAAGGAUGCUGUUGACAGUGGAGGAAUUCAUGCUGUCUUUUCUAAGACACAGAUCAAGGUUGCUUUUGAAUGCACUAUCAGUUGUUAAAGCCACCGUUUCUUUUUCAGAUGAUUACAUUUUUGUCUCUUGCUCUUUGGUUUCAGACAUUACAUGAUGAUCUCCUGUCUGGAAAGCUCCGCUCCAACCGGAUGUUCCUUUGGAGGAAUCCCGCCACCUCACUCCGACUGAAGCAGCACCUCAAGAUAAGGACAUUAAGUUGGAGUGAGCAGCGCGUAAGUAAAAAUGCCAUCCAUCAUGAGUAUUUUUACUCUCAGGGGUGUUACAUUUGAAAGGUGUUUACUUUGUGUGUUUUUCUUCAAUAGAUGUUCGAGCUCCUGCGGUUCAUUGAGGUGGCAACAAACAUUUCUAAAAAAAUAAAGAGAGACGAGAUUCAUCUGCUUGAUUUCGUUUUUGACGUCAUGCUCCCAGAGGUGAGUAGAUCAAACUAUAUAGCUUGCUUUGAAAAUUGAUGAUAUUGUUAAGAGGUUGUUCUUAUUCAUUUGGAAAGCUCAAGAACAACAAUUAACCCAUACUGCAUAACUUCAAUUGUUCACAUUAUUUGACUGUUUUUCAGCUUUUGAUCAAAGCACUGAAGGAGCAUUGCAUCAACCGGUUCAGAGCAGAGCUGAU